AUGUCAUCUAUUGUUACUGAUAGUAAUGGUAGUACUACUUUAUUAAAUUCAGAUGAACAAGAUAUCUUAGACGAAUUUCUAGAUCAACGUGUCUAUGAUUCUUUAGGAACAAAUACUCCAAUAAAUGGUAGUAAUGGUACAGUCAAAUUAGAACAGAAUCAAAAUGAGCUUAUAGAUAGUUUAUAUGCUGUAGCUGCUGCUGCUGCUUCCACUACUUCUUCUUCUUCUAAGAAUCCAACACAAUCAGCUAGAUCAUCUUCAACUGGUUUAUCAACAAUUGUUCACAACAAAUCUUUUCAACAAUUUACAACAACUGCAAAUAAUCCAAUAAUAAAUGGCAAUAACAACAAUACUAAUUACAAUACAAACAAUCCAUCACCUGAUUAUCUUUACUUUGAUAUGCCUCAUGAAUCAAAUUUCGCUCAUUUGCAACAGCAACAACAUCAACAAUCAUCACCAACUGGAUCUUAUGAUUUCAAUCAUAAUAAUGAUAAUAAUAAUAGCAACCCCCUUUCAGAUUUCGACUUUAUAAGAGAUGAAUUAAGUAAAUUAAAGUUUGGUAACCAUUUUAUGAAUCCAUGUCCUAAUUCAGUUGAAGUUCCCCAUCCUUCAUAUCUUGAUUUUUCAAAUCAAAAUUCAUUACCUUAUAAAUUACAAAUAUCAAAUUUACCUUCAUAUUCUCGUGUUGAAACUCAAAUUAAAUUGAAAAUUUCUUUAAGUCCACCACCUCCACAAUUCUUAUUACAUCUUCCUCAAGAUUUAAUUGCCAAAAAUAAAUUUUGUCUUGCUGAUCCAUUAGAAGAUAUUAAUCCGAAAUUAAAAGAAAAUAUGUUAUAUUUCGAUGCAUAUGUAUUAACUUCAGAUUUAUCUAAAUCAUGUAAUAUUUGUCCAAGAUGUAUUAAAAGAGAACAAAAACGUGCAUCAAGACGUAAAAUUGGAGGUGGUGAUGCCGAUGAUAAUGAAUAUAUUCCACCUCCACCAACAACAACAACUACUUCAGCCAGUGGAAUUGUCAAGAAUAAUCCCCUUAGUUGGGCAGAUGAAUCAAUGAUGAAAAAGGCAUUGAUAUUUAAUUGUAAAGAAAUUGUAUCAUUCCCUACUCCAACUGGUUUAAAUAAUGAUACUGCUAAAUCAUUGGAAUUAUCCGCUAGAAUAAUUUGUUAUUGUAGACAUCAUAAAGAACCAAAAGGUUUCAGAUUAUUAUUUGUCAUUAAAGAUAAUCAAGGUCAAGUUGUGGCAAAACAAAUUACCAAUCCUAUAAUGAUUAUGGAUAGAAAGAAGAAUCAAAGUUUAACUCAUAAAGAUACUGGUUCAUUACCUAAUUCCAUUGCCGGUUCUUCAACCAAUUUACAAGGAUUAGAUCAAUAUUCACCACCAAAUUACAAAAAGAAGAAACUUUCAACAUCUGAUAUUUCCGAUCGUGAUGAAACAACUACCCAUGGAUUAUCACCAACUUCACCUCAUUUAAUGAAUCAAUUAUCACCUAAUUCAGUUCUUGAUGAAUCCGCUUCCGAAGUUCAAACCAACACCGAUGCCGAAUCUUCACGUGGACUUAAACGUAAGAAAUUAUCGAUUGAUGAUUCACUCAAUAAUUCAACUAAUCCAAUGUAUAACGGAAGUAUCCAUAGUGGUUAUUCACCAGUUAGUAACAGUGACACAAACACAUCAACUCAUUUUUACAACGGCUUCGGCAACAACAACAAUAAUAAUGGAAAACCCCAUCUUUCUCCAAGACAAGCACAAGCAUUACUUGGUUCUCAAUCAUAUGCCAAUAUUCCAUUAUUAUCAAAUCCACAUACUCACAACUUCCCAUCCAUUCAACGUAUAAUACCGGCUCAAGGACCAAUUCGUGGUGGUAUUGAAGUUACAUUAUUAGGAUUUAAUUUCCGCCCGGGACUUCGAGUUAAAUUUGGAGCUAAUUUAGCCCUUGCUACUCAUUGUUGGAGUGAGACUACUAUUGUCACAUAUUUACCUCCUGCUGCUGGACCAGGACAGGUGUUGGUAAGUUUUGAUAGUGGUCUGGAUGCUAAUGCUGGUGUUGUUGGCGGGAGUGGUAGCAGUAUUUUCACAUAUACUGAUGAUACUGAUCGACAAUUGAUUGAAUUGGCAUUACAAAUUGUUGGAUUGAAGAUGAAUGGGAAAUUGGAAGAUGCAAAGAAUAUAGCCAAGAGAAUUGUGGGUACUGAUGCUACUUCAAAUAAUAAUACCAAUGGUACAACAAUGGCUGGUAAUGGAAGUGGAAAUAAUAAUAUGAAUGUUGCUGCUGCUGCUACUACCUCAACUGAAAAUGGUCAUGAAUGGUUUGAUAAUGCUCAUAAAUCAAUCACUGAACAGCUUGCUCAAAACCAUACACUUUCAACUCAUCAAAUCCUUGUUAAUUUACUUUCAUUAGUUGAUUUACCAAAUUGUCCAAUCACAAUACCUAAUUGGUCCCUUUCAAAUCCUCAAGGACAAACAUUACUUCAUUUAGCUACCAUAAAGGGAUAUACCAACCUUAUCCAAUUUUUAAUCUCACAUGGGGCAAAAGUUGAUAUGGGAGAUAAUCAAGGCAUAACUCCAUUAUUCUUGGCUUCAAUGAAGGGUGAACGAGAAAUCAUGAAUAUGUAUCGCGAUUGUCAAGCUAAAUUUAGAGUCAAGUAUGAUAAUGAUAAAUGGAUGAAGGAUUAUUGUGAUUUGAAUGUCUUGGAUUUCUUUGAUGAAGAAGAAAAGAAGAAUGACAAGAAUAAGAAGAAUAAUAAAGCCGCCGCUUUGAAUAAUAAUAAGUCAGUUAAGAGAGAUGGUAGUGAAGAAAGUUUAUCCGGUUGGUUUUUUGAUAAUUAUGGUAAACAUGUUUCCAAGAUGGUUGUUGCUGAUGAUUUGGUUGACAAUAAUGCUAGUGAUAGACAGCCAGAAGAGGUCCUUUCCGAUGGAUUGAUAUCUGAAGGCGCUGGUGCUGGUGCUGGUGUUUUGUUAGAUGAUGACGAGGUUGGAUUUGCUGAUGCGGAAUUGGAAAGUGAAGAUUUUGAUGAAUUUGAUGAAGAUGAUGAUUAUGAAGAUGAUGAAGUUGAUUAUGAAGAUGAUUACACCGAUGAUGAAAUCACUGUUUCAAACACCACCAUUAAUUCCCCAGUUGAAGGUACUUCUUCUUCAGAUACAGCAACCACCAUUAGUGAUACCACUCCUGCAACAUCAUUACCACCAUCACCACCUGCUUCUCCUGGUUUAUGGAGAAAAGUAAUGAAUGUCUUCCAUAGCGAUGACGAAGAAGUCUUGCCUGCUUAUGAAGAUUUAUUCCCUCUUGGUCCAAAUGCCACCAAACAAAAACCAAAAUCACAACUCGAACAACGUCUUAAUACAGAUACAACUUCUUCAACUACAGAAGCAACAACUUCGAGACUCACCCAUUCAACUAGUAAUGACUCAGAUACGGCCUUGACAGAUUCUUCUUCGGAUGAUAUGGUGAUUAAGUAUAUCAAUCACCCAAGAAAGGCAGUUGAACAUGAUAAGAUGUUAUUCUUGUUUUGGAUGCCUGCUUUGGUGUUUAUUCUUGGAUUGAUGUUUAUGGUAUAUGUUAUGGGAUAUAGAUUCGAAACGGUGGAUUUGUUGAAGGGAUAUAUUAGGAAUGCGGUUGGUCAUUUGAUGGUGGGUGAUGAAAGAAUUGAUCGGGUGUUUAAGUCAGGUGCAGCAUCUGUUGUUGGAGCUGCGAAUGUACAACAACAACCAGUUGGGGUUGUGUGA